UUUGAUUUUCGAGUUCUUCUUUGCGCUUGUACAUAACCAUGGAAUCAUCUUUAACCGUGACAGACGGAGACAUAGUAUGUAAUCUACACAAACUGCAGGCGGAAGACCUUUCAAUUUCUUCAGGACGUUCUUUUGACGAAGAACAGGACGAUAAUGAUGGUGUACUGGGAGAUGAUCGUUUAGAAACUCUACUGUUGGAAAGAAACGAUCCCGCGUCGAGAUUCCAACUUGGACAGUUUUACUUUGAGCGAGAAAUAUACGAAAAAGCGUUCGCGGAGUUUGAGAAACUUAAAGACCACGAAUUUCACGCGUUGUAUCAACUUGGAGUUAUGUAUUAUGAUGGGUUAGGAGUGCAAGAAAACACUGAGAAAGGAUUUGAAAUAAUGGAAUCGAUUUGCAAUAGUACCAAGAAGAAAGCUGCAUCAAUAAUACCUUAUGCCCAAUACAAUCUUGGCUGUGCAUACUAUGAGGGCAAAGGAGUUAAGCAAAGUGAUGAUCGUGCAGAGGAUUAUUGGCUGUUAGCUGCUAGAAAUGGAUUGCCUGAAGGCUCAGUAAAAGCACAAAGUAUUCUGGGAAUGUUCUAUUCUAGACCAGGCGAGACCAAACUCAAUAUUCAGAAGUCGUAUCAUUGGCACCAAGAAGCAACCGGAAAUGGAUCCAUUGAAUCUCAAGGUGCCUUGGGUGUAAUGUUCGAGUAUGGCAUUGGCGUUCGUCGUGACGUAAGAGCUGCAUUUAAAUGUCUGAAAGGCGCGUCGGAAAGAGGAAAUGUCUACGCUCAGGGAAAUCUUGCAAUGCAUUAUUAUCGUCAUAAAUUGUUCAAUCAAGCUUUUGAAAUUGCUCAAAGUGUAUGUCAACUCGAAGACGUCAAGAAAAUUGCCAAAGUUACUGACUGUAUGCCUGUUUAUGUUGCGAAAGGAAUUUCACUUGGUUGCUUGGUGUAUGGACGAUGCUUAUACAAAGGUUAUGGAGUGGAGAAGAACGAAGAAAAGUCAAAAAUCUGGUUUAAACAGGCAUUUAAAUACGACCCAGAGACAAUUGCGCGAUUUCAAGAUGACAUGAUCUUUGGCUAUAUCUGAUCGUUUUCAUCUUCGACCGUGCGUUGUAAGUACAAGUGCUGUGUACUGUGUCUAUGGUCUGUUGUAUAGUUUGGAUAAUAGGUGCAAAAAGAUUUCAUCAAGAGUCGUCAUAGUGCGCGCACAAAACGAAAGUCUUUCGAAUUAGAGGGUUUGUCUUUAAUGAGUAUUGAUUUGCUAAACUGCUUGAAAUCCUACAAGAGGAGCCACAAGAUGAACCACUGAAAGUCAUGUUUGUUGCAUGACAAAACAAAUCCAGAACUUCCUCUCAUCAAAUAUCGUGCUCAAAAUGGUCGCGUUUUGAACAUUUUACCAUCAAUUACCAAAUGUAACAUGUUACAUUUCUCAUGCGUCAAUUUACUGUAAUUAGCGUAAGAUAUCGCGUGUUCUCAGCUUGGUAUUUGUUGAAUAUUUGUCAAAGCCAUUAAUGAGAAAGUGGAAACCUUGUUUUUUGUAUUUGCAAAACGUUUUAAAAACACAUAAAAAAUUUGAUUAUUAUCUAGCUUUGUCAAUGGAAUACGGUUAGCUAAAUAUAUGCAUCUCCUUACGAAA